AUGCCUCGUCGACCUGUAAGACUCGACCUAGUAAAAUCCACGACGCCUUCAACCACCUCACCACUCACGGCACCGCUAUCACCCUGCUCUCCUCAGACCCCUCUCACGCCAUUAACACCACCUCUACGACUCCAUCUCCGAACCCUGAUACCUUCACCACCCCUCUCGCCACACUUCCUGGCAAACCAGCCAGACGUUCCUCGGCCUUUGCUAUGGCGAUGUCAUAAAUGCUACCGUCUCUACCCACUCGGCGUUACCCGCCGGUGCUUGGAAGAUGGCCAUGUAUUCUGCGCGAUGCCAGGAAAAGGAAGACAGGGCUGUACGGUAGAAUUCGACUACACUGCCUGGGCCAAGUUCAAUAUAUGGCGGCGCGAGCAUGCGAGAAAGAGAAAAGAAAGAGGAAAGGCUAGGCGUCAAGGAACGGGAUUAGCCCAUGUGAGCAGCACACCGGCAGUAAGUGGAAAUCAGAGCAUAUGGAUCGAGGAAACACCGGCAGAUCAGAUAAUGCCCGAAUUAUCAGAAAAUUACCAACAAUGGCCAGUAUUCAGGCAAUGGGACUGCUGGAUGGAGUGCAACUUUCCUUCCGAGUGUCACGGAUUUCGUCAAUGGCAAGCUCGAGAAAGACGAAGAAUGAGCCGAACGAAUAAUUACAAGCCUGUGCCUCUCGUGGACGAACAAUGGCUGGAACAAGAGCAAUUACGUGCCGAGACCGAAGCGCAACUCAAGGAAUUCUUUGAAGAAGAGGGUCAAGAUAGCAGUAGCAGCGACGAAAUUGAUAGUUCAAGCUGUUACAGUGCAACGGGCGAUGAACUCGAGGAGACUACUACAGAUGAUAAGUCGUUGAAAGUGCAUCCUCUGUUUCAUUCGGCAUUUAGCUUUGGCAAGAAGAAGAAGGCGGCAAGUCCGACUGCCACGGGAAAAGCCGCUGAAACGCAAAACGUCACAGGAAACGUCCAAAUCAGAGACUGCGAUGGCCUAGGGGAAGAAAGCCAUCGCCAUGAAUACACGCGGAGCAAACGUCGACGAAGUAUCGAAGCCAUCGCUCUAGGAGAAACACCAUCAGCGUGUCUAAGCAUGGACAGUCCACCAAGUAGUCCUCUCAAAUCGGAAUGGGAUGCAAAUGAAGCGAUUCCUGCGCCUGUGGAAGAGGAGUCGUGGGAUGAUAUUGGUCUUAGCGAUGAUGAAGAGACGAGUGAGAAACAAUGGCUUAGAGAGAUUGAACGGAAGAGGAUUGGUGAGUGGGUACAACUUGCUGGAAUUGAAGCGGUUGAGGCGCCAAAAUCGCCUGAGAUGGUGGAGAAGAUCAAGGUUUUCGGGUUUCCGGCAAAAGUAGCUGAUUGUCAAGACGGGAGCUCGGAUGGGGAGACGAUUAAACCGAGUGAUAGAACCAUACAGCAGACGGAUGAGCAGAGGACGAAAGAGUUGGAUGAUCUUCGUGAUCGCGAGAUGAUGGAGGGUCUAAGAGCUAAGAGCAUGUUUCUACGGACGUUCACAGUUGAGGAGGGAGAGGAGAGAUUUGGUGAUGAGGCAGAUAGUUAUUUUUGA